UCUCCUGAAUUUCCGGUGAGAGAUCGGCCUUUUCCGAAAGAUCGGGUUUAAUUGUAUUACCAUACACCGUAUCAUCAGUUCUCUUCCUUUUCACUGAAAGAUUCUUUUGUUUGAUAAAAAUGGCUACGGAUUUCAGAUUAUUUAAACCUGCCUAGUUGACAAUUCGACCCAUAUUAUGCGUUGUUUUCAUUACUCGAUGCACGUGCGACGAGAUGACAAUUCUCACACGUGGUUUUCUAAUAGCUGUUUGGAUUAGUAGCAGUGUGGGACAAAACCAGAAAAACUGUAAACAAAAGGAGAAACCAUGUGUUGAGAUCCCGUCAGGCAAGAGCUGCCUAGCCACAUAUUAUCCAGCAGAUUGUACAAAAACAUCCAUUGCGGAUCGGCACCCUUCGUUGUACAGACGUGAUGGCGUUGGUCUGGGAACUCCGAACCUGACCAUAGUGACCACUGACAGGAACCGCGGCCCCAGAGGACCGUUUUCUGAUGUGAACAUCACCAUUUAUCCAGAUCAGAUUUCUGGAGGACAUGCUUUCGAGGUGGGGCUGGAUUCUGUUAAAGGCUGGCGGUAUUUGCUGGUGAGAUCCAAACACAAUGUCACUCCGUCAGACGGGAAGCAAGCGCAGACUGGAUUUUCCUUUCCAUUGAAGUUGAAUAUGUACACCAACAUUACUGUGUGGUCACUUCCAAAAUCAUCCUCUUCACGCCCCGCCAGGGAUUUGAUCCAGGCAGGAGCAAAAAGCGUAUACCCGACUGAAAACUCUUCUCUGUGGAACACCAGCAUCUUUUAUAUAAAGGACGAGAAUAAUCAGUUACUUAACGUCCAGUUUCAACCAGCUCCAGAGAGUUUUGGGAUCCGAUACUAUAAUAUUCAGCUCAGAAAUGUCACUUCCAGAAUAAAUGGUGUAAGUGAUCGCUCGACAACACAUGCCGUGAUGGAGUUUUCUCGUUCACCCUGGAUUAAUGUAAAGUUCAAAGGUGUGAAGCCAGGCGAGUACAGGAUAAACGUGGAACCCUUUGAUGAUCUUAGUAACGACAACAAGAGGUGUCGAUGUAAACGUAAUGGAUACUGUUUUCCUUGCAAAAACACAGAGACAGAAAUAUUCAGUUUCAUACACAAGACAACUGAAGAAAAUUUGAUUGAUCCAAAUAUCAAGACGCCAAAUGUCAUGGGAGUUUUGGACACUAGCGAACAUUCCAGUUUGCCCAUGGACAACAGUAGGACGGAUGGGAUCUUCGAUGAGGACAUUGGUGGAUCCCAGGGGAGUGGAAACGAAUGGGAAGUCUCCGUUAGUGUUUUGUCAGUGCUUGGGAUCGCUUUCGGUGCCGUGGUUUCUAUCUUUGCUGUAGUCAAAUUCAAAAGAGGAGGUUCAACGUCAGAAUCAAGAAACAAAUCUCGUCCCUCUGUCACAAUCAUCCACGACACCAAUCACUUAGAACGCGCACAGGGCCUUGUGGCCUCCAUCAGGAACAGACUACACAUCAGUGUGGAGUCCAAACUGUUCAAGAAAAGAGAACAGUUUGUUGAUAAAAAUUCCGAGCUGUCGAUAUUCGUGAUCUGGAUGACUCCGGGGUCGUUUUCAAAUUUUGAACGCCGCCUGUUGAAAAACAAGAAACUACAUUAUGUGACUCUGUUGCAGUUUCAGAGGCAACUUGUUGUGAUCGAAUCACAAACUGCAAAAAUUAGCAUCCAACCUCGAAUUCAAUAUUGGAAAAGGUUUAUCAUAGACAGCGAAUUGGAUUUAUUUCUAGACUUUCUGCGCAAUAACACCACGGUGGAGUGUCGAGAAAGCUGGUCCUCCAAUGGGUGUACUAUUACCGAUACACAGGGGAAUUUGCACGCAUUCAAGGCACAAUACAGUCGAAUGGAUUCUGGAAUCCAGAGUGACUACGAGAACGAGACCGAGUUUGUUCCAUAUGAUGAGAAUAUCCAAGAGGAAUACGUCAGUAUGGCCGCAGUUACCAUAGCAGAAUGUCACUUAGAUGUACCCAUGGGUCAUCAAAACAAAACAGCAGCCUCGUUUCCACGGUUCAACUUUGCAAAUGCAACAAUCUUUAAACACAUUGAAGAACCAAAUGGUCUUAGAAAAACAUCAAACAAUCCAUGCUUAGAUGGCGUGGAAAAAUUUCUAUCCCCUGAAGCGAUGUCUUGUUAUGAUGGAAGUUUGCUAUCAGAAGAAAUGCUGGUCUUGAACCAAAGAAAUACGAGACAGAAGACAGCAUCGGAAGAUUCAUUAUCCCUGAUCGAGGAGAACAUUAGCUCGUACCCUACCUCCAAGAACCGUCGGAGCGAGACACCAGUCUGUUUUCACAAUAUUACUGGCUGUUCGGAGAAGGAAGAGUUCCUGGUUGAAGUGGAAGAAGACGAGCACCUGGACGCAGAAGAGGAAGACGAUGUCUUGGAUGAAGUUGGCCUCAUUCAGGAUGAAGACACAAUCAGCAUUGGCGGCCAGAGUUGCUAACUUUCAGUGUUAGUCCCCUAUCUCAAUGUUAACAUUUGCUUUGAAGGUCUUCAUUCUAACUUUUUGCAGACAAACCAUAGAACAUCUGUCGUCAUCUUAUGAUUUCUGUUUGGGUAUAUUUGAGAUGUGUGUCAGUUCCUGCCACAUGCUUUGACUAAAAGUAUCAUUUCAUAUUAUACGUAUGGUUAAUAUGUAGAGUUUGUUAGCGAAGCAUCGAACGCACAACGGGCUUGAUUUAUCGAUAAACAUUCGUCUGGAUUAGUCGACAGGUAGUUCUGGUAUUCAUAUUGAACCAGAAAAAAUUCUUACUACUCUUUAGAUAUACAUCUAAUUUUCGCGACAUAUGAGAAUGCUCAACUCCCAGUCUGAAGUACUUGAAGUAGUCUGAAGGUUGAAUGAACUUUUUCCAAUUUGGUUUUCCCGAAAUUUUCACCAUGCUUUGAUUUUGGAAGCUGAUUUUUUUUAUGUGAUUUAUCACGAUACGCAAUAUCACUACUCGCCUCACGUAUCGUUGUAAGUUAGUGAAAUAUACAAUAUAAACACGGAGUUCCUUAAGGUAUUCACACAUAUCUUGGAAUUUCAUUGUACCGAUAAUCAAAAUGUAUAAGUAACUGAUUUCCUAAAAAGCGAUAUCUGAAAAUUCGUGGCGUAUCAAAACACCAUCUAUCACUUCUUGCCAUAUGUAUAGUCGUAAAUUCGUCAGAUAUCUAAUACAAACACAAAGUUUCUUACGGUAUUCACACAAAUGUUCAAAUUUCAGGGUCACUCGUAUUAAAUUGUAAAAGUAGCAGAUAUCUCAAAAUGGAUGGUAUAUCAAAUUAAAUCCGUAUCAUUUUUAAAGUAAACACUCAGUUGAAAAAGUUUAUUCGUAUUUUGCAUUGCAACGUUAUGCCAUGAAAUUUCAUACGACUCCUCGUCCUCUUUAGAAAUAAAUCUGAUAGAUAAUAAUUUUCAAGCUCAUUAACCUUUAUCUGGUAGCUGGCUAUCACUAAUUAUAACUUUUAUAUUUUGUAGUAGUUGGCUACGAGUACCUAACUUUUCUUACUUUUAGUAGCUGGCUACUAGUAGCUAACUUUUCCUGGCUCAAGUAGGUGGCUACUAGUAGCCAACUUUUCUCUUUUUAAGUAGCCAGUUACUAGUAGCUGGUUACUAGUAGCCAACUUUACCGAUCUGGAUGUUGUUGGGUUUUGUGCUUAUAUAUAUAUAUAUAUAUAUAUAUAUAUAUAUAUAUGUGUGUGUGUGUGUGUGUGUGUGUGUGUGUGUGUGUGUGAUAUAUAUAUAUAUAUAUAUAUAUAUAUAUAUAUAUAUAUAUAAAGCACAGCAAAUUUCAAUUUACUUGGAUACCCACUUCCGCCCCUACCCGGGGUUGAACUCGCGACCUGCGGAACCAAAUCUCCUAGCAGCAUGUAACCAACAUAUAACCAACGCACUAGACUGCUCGACCAUCUAGGCUAGUCAAAAAACUUGCUUUCGAUGACGAUGAAAUUCUCGUCACGCUGUCACACGCUACACGGUCCAUCUGCGGGGAGAGAUUGUUUUAUUAUGCGUAAAAUGUUGAGGUAAGAUUAUUCACACAGCAUUUUACGCAACAACAACAACAAAAAAAAAAAAACCCAACCAAACAAUCAAACAAAACACCCCCCCCCCCCAAAAAAAAAUAGGGAACGGUGGGGGUCAAGCAAUCGGGUACUUUUUUCAUAUUAAAAAAAAGUUUUGAACUUUCCUGUUGACUAAUCGAAAUUUUUACCGGAAAUCUUGGAAAGAUUUUAUACUCAUUGUACACCUGUAUGUUUCUAUAUUUUUGAUUGAUUACCAAAUGUGUUCAUUGUUCUAAUGUGUACAUAUAUUAGGGAUAAGUACAUAUUAUCAUUUAUGUACAUAAUAUUGUUUAUAUGUAUAUUGUUUAUCAGAAAUAAUCUACGGAAUAUAUAAUUUAUGUACAGAGUAUUGAUUAUCAGAAACAGGAAUUGCACGGAAUAUUACAUCCUGGUGAAAAUUUUCUUUCUUUGUGGGCGAGUUAUUAGAAAUAUGGGAUAUCACAGAAGAAUUUUGUUUUAAAUUGUAUAAAAAAAAGUAUUUACAAAAUAUAUUAAGGAGGAUAGACUAACUCAUAGAUUUUUUAGAUAAACAUACAGAGUUUUUUAAGUGUUUUAACCUUACUGGUUACAUAAUUUCAUGAAAUUUAAUUACAUUAGGUCUUGUGUAAUACCUACCGUGUAGGUAUUCUUUUCUAAUAUUUGACAAGGACUGCAUUCUAAUAUAUAAUGGAAUUUGCCUGCAAUUUUCGAUUCUUUACACACAACACAAAAUCUGUCAUUAUCUGGAAUACCAAUCCAUCUGCCAGUCUCUACUGGAAAACGGUGAUUUGUGUUGCGAAAUUUAAGAAAAAUAGUUCUGAAUUUUUUUGACAUUUUUUCUAAAUAUUUUUCUGGUCCGAAGUCUAUCUUAAAAGUUCUGUAUAUUUUACCUUUAUAUUUCUGAUAUACAUGUUAGUAAAACAUUUUCCCUUGAUACCGUUUGUAGUUAACUUGUUCCACAGACCACUUCAUACAGUGUCAAAUGCUUAUUCAAAAUCAAUAAAUGCGCAAAAUAAUUUCUUUUUUUUAACUCAUUAGAGUGUGUGACAAAAAUUGCAAAGAAAGAAUAUAGUAUAAUGUCGAAUGGUUUUUCCUAAACCCAGCUUGAUUUUCAUUUAUCAAAUUAACUUCCUUGGCGUAUGCCUCCAGUCGACUAUUUAAAAUGCAUGUGAAAAGUUUACCGAGACAACUUAACAAAGUAAUAAGGCGGUAAUUUUCCGGUGAUGUUGGUUCACCCUUAUUUUUGUACAUGUAUAUAGGUUUAACAACUCCAAGUAAUCACUCAUUUGGAAGAAAACCACUGUCAAAAAUUAAAUAUUAAAAAGUUUUUUAUACACAGGUAAAAUAUUGACAAAGUUGAUGAGAUAUGUUCAUUUAAUACAUUAUCAUAACCAGGUGCUUUACCGUGCUCAAGUUUUCUAGCAGCUUUUUCUAUUUCGUCGUAAGUAAAAACAGUGUUAAGGAACUCAUCAGAGGUAUCUCCAUCGUUUGGAACAAAAUCAAAAUUAUCAAAAUUCCCCUUUAAAUCAUUAUUAGAAUCACCUAAAUUAAGAUCCCUCAUAAACUGGAACAUUUCGUCAAUAUGGACGGCGCAUUUCUUAUUUUUAUUUGAUAAAUUUGCUGAAUUUAAGAUCUUCCAAUAUUCUUUAGAGUUUGUAGAGCGCAGUUCAGACAGAUUACGUGCUAUUUCAAACUUAUCAUUUUUAUACAACUAUUCAUUAUAUGUUUGUAGUUUUUACUCAUGGUUUUAAGAUUGUCUUUGUUUUCUGAAGUCGUGUACCUAUUAUGAGGUUGUUUCGCUAAAUGAAAUUUUCUUCUUGCAGCUCUACAUUCUCUAUUGAACUAGGGUUUAUUUUUCAUUGUUUGUAAAUUUUUUGUAACUCAAAAUACUUCUCUGGCGGAGUUCAUAUACACAUUACAUAUAUCAUUUGCUACCUUGGCAAUGUCUACUUUACAAAUACUAGACCUAGUGGAUAAUUCAUUCAAGUAACUUUCAAUAUUAUUUACUGCCUGAACGUCGAUAAUGUUACGAAAAUCGUCUUCUUUGUCCGCGCACCACAAUUUCACACUUGGCUGAUUUUCACCUGUACUUUGAUGUUCAUUUUUUUAGAAGUGGUAAAAUUCUGAACUGUAGAGAUUCAAAAAGAAAUAGGAUUAUGAACAUCUGAAAAUAAAGCACAAAAAUCUAAAAUAUCAAACUUCAUUAAAAUAUUAAACAAUUCUCUUCUUGAUAACACAUACUCCACAGUGCUGCUUUUACAGGUAAAAAGCCCCAACACCUUUAUCAUUACCCACACGACUAUUAACAAUAUAUAGAUUAUUAUUCACACAACAAUCUAUCAAUUUAUACCCAAAACCAUUAGCAGAAGUAUACUGCACUGUUCUGACUGCGGGGAUAUUGAUAUUGUCAAAAAAAAUGAUAAAAUAUCAUUAUUUUCAAUUUCAACAGAAUUACAUUGCAUGACAUUAACACCUGUAUAUGGUGUUUAUAUCUCAACUGAUUCGAUAUGCAAGAGCUUGUUCUGCGUAUAGUCAGUUUUUAAAUUGAGGUAAGCUACUGACAAACAAGUUGAUGGUACAAGGCUUUCAACAGUCUCGAUUGAAGUCAGCAUUUCGCAAAUUCUAUGGUCAUUAUAACGAUCUAGUUCGUCAAUGCAACUUAUCAUUGAGUCAAAUAUUGUCUGACGUGUUACAUACCGAUUGUUAAGCGGUUCUUGGCACUCUGAUUUUGACUGCGGAUAACUCCGUUUACCCGAGCGGGAUAUAGGGCUCACGGCGGGUGUGACCGGUCCUCAGGGGAUGUUUGCUGCUCCUGGGCACCUGAUCCCACCUCUGGUGUGUCCAGGGGUCCGUGUUUGCCCAACUAUCUAUUUUGUAUUGCUUGUAGGAGUUAAGAGAUUGAUCACUGUUCGUUAUCUUCACCUUUCAUUUGUUAAAAAAAUAUUCACUUCAAAAUCAUUUAAUAUUCCAAUUCUCGAGUUGAAAUCUCCAUCAAACAUACCUAUGUACAUUCUCUACUUAUCUUGAUUAAUUCGUGUUCAAUCUCAACAUAACAAUCAGGAGAUGAGGAUUUACAGGAGGGAUGUAUACAGCACCGAAAUAAAUAUCCUCAUCAAUAUUAAACAAUGAUUUGUUCAUUUUAAACCAGGAUACAUAUUUACAAUUUGUGUUAAUUACUGUCACAAGUGAAUUUCUAAACAGCAAAGCAAUGCCACCGGAUCUAACUUUUGAUAGUCUACAUCUAUUCUUAAGAAAAACUGAAAAACCAGGUAUCUGAAGAACAUCCGUAUCAUCAGUUUUAGUUUCUGUCAAACAUACAACAUCAAAUGAAGAUAAAAACUCAACAAAUUCAUUUUAUUGUAAUCUUCUAUUAACUCCGCAGACAUUUAAAGACAAGAAAUAAAGGUUAUCAUUCGGGUUCUCUGAUGUCUGUUCUCCUGCGAGUCCCUAUCGCACACGGUCGGGGGUGGAGUGCUGCCGCUGUUUCUUUUGCGGCUAUUGGUCACGCCCAGGCGCGCUCCGCUCAACUUGCAGUGCGUCUAUUUUACCAGCUGGGAAUUCUGACAGAAGUUGUGGUUUUUUCGCUUCGUGAAGUAUGAUAGCAUGAGGCGUCGGAGUUCAUACUCUCAUGAAUUUUCAAAAAGUAAAAUGUAUUUCUUAAAUCUCUUCUAUCUUAUGGAUCAAAUCAGAUGAAUAUAUAAGAUAGCUGCACGCUUUGUGCGAGAUUUUUGUGAAAUAUUUUACGAAAGAAACAUGUGUAUUUUGAUAAUCAUCAGCUGUUAACUUUCACCGAGGAAGAAGGUUCGCAUUGUUUUCAGAAAUGUUGUACAUCUUUAUCUUGACCUAAAUGUUGUUGUUUAUCAGUGAAAUAAAGCUUUUUACAUA